AUGCUUGUGGGGAUUGUUCUGGAAGAGAGCGCUGAAGCCGAAGACAGCGGUUACGGCUUCGCCAUCUAUGCGGGUCUACAACGCCUCGAGCUCUUGGCCUUUGCCAGCGCCUUCUAUCUCCUGGAGGUCGAUCGCGUCAGAGGCACUGCAGCAGUCAGCGAGGCUGCGCAGCUGGGGCGAGAAUAUGCUGGUUCCAUCGCCCACGCCUCAUGCUCGCGGCCCGAAGAUGAUGAGCACAUUCGCAGGGAGAUUGGUGCCAAGAUGCGGGAGGUUGACUAUGCCAUUGAGGUUCUCAUGGCUGCCGGAGUAUCAACACCAUCCUUGCGGGCGAUCGCACGGCGGGGUGUCAACAUCACCAAGGCAGCACACUCGGAGCUCACCAUGCCUCUGAUCUUCCUGGUACCUUUGAAUAUCAUCGGCGCCAUGAAGCUGUUCUUCAACGUCUUCUAUCUAAACCCAACCUGGAUAGUAAUACCUGCCUUGGAAGCAAUCACGGUCGUGGUACGUGUGCACCUGCUCUGGAUGACACUUUGCAGUCCUCCGGACGAGACGUGCUUCAUUUUGAUGGUCGUAACCAAGCUGGCAAUACUCUACCUCAUUGUGCUUCUGCCAGAGAUUCUGGUGUGGGAGAGCUUUGCGGCCACGCACAUUCCCGUCAAUUCCUGGGUAGCCGCCUGCCAUCGAUGCUUCUGCUGCCUGGCGGCCGAAUUCUUUGCCGUGCUGGGCAUUCGAGGCACUGCCCGGCUUCCCUGCGGCCUUCGCUUUCUUCGGCUCUUCCUGGCGCGGAGCUUCCGUGGCUACCUCUCGGCCUGCGCGCGGAAUGGCGAAGAGAUAUUCUGGUGCGAGCCUUGCUGCUGCAACUGCAACUGGUGCGCGGAUGCAGAGUCCAGCGCAGAGUCCUCCUCUGAAGGCUCGGCGGACUGA